CCUGUAUUUUCCUAAUAAGAAAAUAAACUAAAACAAAACAAUGAUUUUCUUACCAGUACCUCGUCGUCGGUGCUCCGCUGUCGGUGUCUCCUCCUCCCAUGGACCCAUACUUCUCGCACAAACCCAAACUCAAACUCGGACAUCCCCUCACGUCUUCUCCCCAUUGCAAUCAAAUCAUUAGUUAAAUCCCAAUCUAAACAAGCGAGAGAGAGAGAGAGACAGAGAGAGAGAGAGAGAGAGAUGGGCCAUGACGCCUUCACGGCCCUGAAACGUGGCUCAGCCACUGGCCUCCCUACUAGUACUACUACGACGACGACGACAACAACCAGAGGCCGUACGACUGCGACGCGUGGCAAGCAGAUUAAGAAGACCUUCAACAACCUGAAGCUGACCAUCCUCUGCGGCUUCGUGACCAUCCUCGUCCUCCGCGGCACCGUCGGCAUCGGCGGACUCACCGGCUCCCCCGACGCCGAUGUCAACGCCCAGAAGAUCGCCGAGGAGACCAACCGGAUCCUCGCCGAGAUCCGAUCAGACGACGAACCUUCCGACCCCAACGAGCCCCCCGAGCCCGACAUCAACCCCAACGUCACCUACACUCUCGGACCCAAAAUCUCCAACUGGGACUACGAGAGAAAGAGCUGGCUUGCCAAGAACCCCGAGUUCCCAAGCCAUAUCAAUGGGAAAGCUCGGGUUUUGCUCGUCACUGGGUCUCCCCCGAAGCCUUGCGACAACCCAAUUGGGGAUCACUAUCUCUUGAAGUCCAUUAAGAACAAGAUUGACUAUUGUAGGAUUCACGGGAUUGAGAUCGUGUACAAUUUGGCUCAUUUGGAUAAGGAGCUUGCUGGGUACUGGGCAAAACUGCCGUUGAUUCGGAGGUUGAUGUUGUCGCACCCGGAGGUCGAGUGGAUAUGGUGGUUGGACAGCGAUGCUCUGUUUACGGACAUGGUGUUUGAGAUUCCGCUAUGGAAGUACAACAAUCAUAAUUUGGUUAUUCAUGGGUACCCAGAUUUGUUGUUCGAUCAGAAGUCGUGGAUUGCGUUGAACACUGGCAGUUUUUUGUUCAGGAACUGCCAGUGGUCUUUGGAUUUGCUCGAUGCUUGGGCUCCAAUGGGUCCAAAGGGGCCUAUUCGGGACGAGGCCGGGAAGAUUUUGACGGCAAAUCUGAAGGGAAGGCCCGCUUUCGAGGCUGAUGAUCAGUCUGCGUUGAUAUACUUGUUGAUUUCGAAGAAAGAUGAGUGGAUGGAUAAGGUGUUCGUAGAGAAUUCAUACUAUUUGCACGGGUACUGGGCAGGGUUGGUGGAUAGGUAUGAGGAGAUGAUGGAGAAGUAUCAUCCGGGAUUGGGGGACGAGAGGUGGCCGUUUGUAACGCAUUUUGUGGGUUGCAAGCCUUGUGGGAGCUACGGGGAUUAUGCGGUCGAGAGGUGCUUGAGAAGCAUGGAAAGGGCGUUCAAUUUUGCAGAUAAUCAGGUGCUCAGGCUGUAUGGGUUUAGGCAUAGAGGGUUAUUGAGUCCUAAGAUCAAGAGGAUUAGGAACGAGACUACUACUCCUUUAGAGUUUGUAGACCGGUUUGAUAUUAGGCAUUCAACACGUGGUGGACAAAGUGGAUUAUGAUCGUGAGUGUAAUUCAUUUUUCUUGUGAUUGAUACAUUCAUGGUCUUCUGAUGUAAUUUUUUCAGAUAACUGCUGAUAUCAACCCCAUUAGAUAUCCGAGUUAGUGGCUUUCUUCCUUCGUUUUGCUUUUGUAGAACUGCUAUUGAAAGUGGAAUCCACAAAUACGAUAGAAUUCUUUA